AAAGAGAAUAAGCAGUCUGAAUAACGAGGUGCGCCCCGCCAACGGUCUCUUGAAAGAAAAUGAGCUCCAGUGGAAAGUUAAAACACAGCCGCCAAAUGUCGAACGAGAACAUAAAGAGCUUUUUCACACCCUCUCAAAAGGCAAUGGGAACCCCUAGACAAACCCUACAGGUCCUCCAACCCUCAGCUAUCAACAAAGAUUUGGGAAGGUCGGCUCAGAUGGGUAAGGUCAUUCCCAAACGGAAGCAGUGGAGUGCAGAACAAACUAGAGGCCCAAAGAGGGUGAAGGUAGAAGUCAAAUCCACACAAACUGAAGAAACUCAGUGUUUGACAGAUGGAAUGUCCAAUGAAGUGUAUGAACUUAUGGUCAGAGAAACACCGCCUUCCACCUACUGGAAAGAGGUAGCCGAGGAGCGUCGGAAAGCCUUGUACAAUGUUCUACAGGAGAACGAGAAGUUACACAAAGACAUUGAGGCCAAAGACGAACAGAUAACAAAGCUCAAAUGUGAAAAUGAAGAACUGGUGGAGCUGGCACAACAUGUACAGUAUAUGGCUGAUAUGAUUGAGAGACUAACUGGGAAGAGCCCUGACAAUCUGGAGGAACUGAGGGAAAUGGCCCUUGAUGUGGAUGAUGACGAUGAAGACAACAGUGAAGUGGCAGGUCAGAGCGAGGAAGAAGACUCUAGUUUCAGUCAGAGUGAUCCUGAGGAAGCGGAGGCCUCAGACAAUGAACAAGCUGGACACUCAGGACCACAAGACUGACACAACUCGUAUGUCGUGGGAUGUUUGCAGAUUUUAGCCAGUGCGCUUUGAUGUUACAAGUGGUCAUGCAUUUAACUAAUCUGGCCUUCGAAGCAAUCUAUGAAUGUCAUUUUUUUGAAAUGCCUCCAACUUUAUUUUCAGCCUUGAACAGAUGGGGGGCUGCUUUUAUUCUUUUAAAAUUAUUGUAGCUUUUGCUAUACUUGUCAAUUCUUGUUCAAGUAAAGAGGCUUUCAAAACUAAACCAGUAUUUUUUUCACAUAACACAUUUUCUCAUGUCUUGGAAAAAGCACAGGUGUAAAUUCAAGCCCUUUGCUGACUCCGCACAAUGUGUCUGCUUUAAAGCUUGAGUUGGAUGUUAGACUCUUUGUUCUGUACAAGGAUGCCCAAAGUUAAUCUUGGCAUCGUAUUGGGUGAAGUUUGUUUAGACCUUGUUCAUCUGCUGUAACAUCUGGGAGGUUGCUGCCACCUGCUGAAGCAACUGCACCCUCAGACUCUGCAGACUUGUCCAUUAGAUCUUGAACAGAGGCAUCUGCCCUGUCACCUGCAGCAGCAUUAGUGGCCUCAAACAUCACCCUUGCUUUUCCUUUUUAUGACAGGUCCAAAAUGUGUGCUGUGCAAAAAGCCCACUGAGGUGAUUUUGCCCCAGAUGAUAGUGCUGUAUUGACUGCCAGAUGUAGCCUAGAGCAUGGCCCUCAAGUGUUUUGUUUUAGACUGUAAAAAUGUGCAAUGUUAUGGCACUGUUGUGUACAUAAAGCAUAUGUAAA